AUGGUCACCGAUUGGCAAUCGCGGGCGAAAGCGAAAAGAGAAGCUAUCCUGAGCUCGAUCCCGGACAAAUGGCGCCUUCAGAAGAUUCCAUCGGUCGAAGAGCAAAAAGAUGUCACGGGUCCGUAUAUCCAGCAAUUCCUGAAUGAGAAUGAGAUCGAGAUCACCGAGACCGAUGCCGUUGGAAUUUCCGAAAUGGUGGCCGCUGGCACUUGGUCUGCAGUAUCUGUGACGGAAGCAUUCUGCCACCGAGCUUCGUUGGCUCACCAGCUGGUAAAUUGCCUCCACGAGACCUUCUUCGACGCCGCUCUUGCUUCGGCCAAAGAACUGGACGACUACUACGCACAACACAAGAAGACGAUCGGCCCACUGCACGGAGUUCCCGUUUCGCUGAAGGAUCAAUUUCACGUCAAGGGUGUCGAGACCACGAUGGGCUACGUUGGCUGGAUUGACACUUUCGAAGGAGUUCCUGAUGAUCCACGCAAGAAGACAUUUGAGAGCGAGAUGGUCAAGGAGCUAAGGGCGCUGGGAGCGGUUUUAUACUGUAAGACUAGCGUGCCUCAUACUCUGAUGACCGGCGAGACCGUCAACAACAUCAUCGGCUACACCUGGAAUCCAAAGAACCGCCAUCUCUGCUCCGGCGGUAGCUCUGGCGGCGAAGGAGCUCUGAUAAGCUUGAGGGGCUCACCCGGAGGGUUCGGCACAGACAUUGGGGGAUCGAUUCGCAUUCCAGCAGCUUUCAACGGCUUGUACGGUAUUCGUCCGACAGCCGGGAGACUUCCGUAUGAAGGCAUGGCAAACAGCAUGGAUGGCCAGAACAGCAUCUUGUCCGUCGUCGGUCCGCUUGCGACCACUGCUCGGUCUGUCAAAUUACUAACCAAAGCCAUCUUAUCGCAAAAGCCUUGGCUACACGACCCCUUGGUGGUUGACAUGCCGUGGCGAGACUCUCAAGAGCAAGCGAUCUUGGAUAUUGUAAAGUCAUCUUCAGGCAAAGGCCAGCUCAGCUUUGGAGUCAUGGAAUCCGAUGGCAUCGUCAAUCCUCAGCCACCCGUUGCGAGAGCCGUUUCGAUGGUGGCGGAAGCAUUGAGCAAAGCAGGACACAAGAUCAUUGAGUGGAAACCUCCAUCGCAUGCAAGACUGUUGGACAUUGCGUUGAAGACGUGGGUUUACGACGGUGGGAAAGAUGUCCACGGUGCAUUUGCGUUGUCUGGAGAGCCAAUGGCGGUUCAGAUCAAAGGGGCCUUUGGAGACAAACCCAAAGAAGAAAUGACAGCAUCACAAAUUGCAGCCAACAAUGUUGCCAAGCGGCGAUUCCAAAAAGAAUAUCUGGAUUACUGGAACAGCACUGCCCAAGAGACGGGUACCGGCGAGCCUGUCGAUGGCUUCAUCUGUCCUCUUGCACCCUAUCCUGCGGCCAGACCAGAGAAAUAUCUUUACUACGGCUAUAGUGUCUUCGUGAAUGGAUUAGACUACACGACUGUAGUUUUGCCAGUGACGACUGCAGACAAGACCAAGGAUCAAUACUCGAAGGGAUACUCGCCCAUCAACGACCAAGACAAGAAGGCGUUCGACGACUAUGACGCCGACAUUUACGAUGGCGCACAUGUCAGUGUGCAGAUUGUCGGGAGGAGGUUCACAGAAGAAAAGAUGCUCGCUAUCGCCGAAUAUGUGGGAGGACUCCUUGGGAAGUAG